AUGAUUAGUGUGUUCCUAAAACAACACAAGAAUGUUUGUACUGCCAAAGAGAUUAGAGCAAAUUUUGAGGAUUCGCUCGGAGGCCAAGUUGCAUUGGCUCAACUAUCCGCUAUUACAAAUUUGAUGAAUUCUCAACAGAAAAUCGGUACUCCAGUCAAAGAACAUAUGCUUAAGCUUAUGGGAUUCUUUGUGGAAGGGGAGGAUAAUAGGGCUGAACUAGACGUGAACACUCAAAUUGAAAUAGUGUUCAAAUCCUUAACCAAGGAGUUUACUAGUUUUAGGACCGCUUACAACUUAGGAAACAAGGCGCAUGCCUUGACUUAG